UUCCUCUAUAAGUGACUGAAACUCGGUCAUGUGACCAAAUGCAGCUCAUAAGAAAGCAUUGAAUUCAGUGCUUUCCUAUGAUAUUUAAUUGUAUUUGCACGACACUUGCCGCGCACGUGCAUUCAUCCCCGAAGCUCCUCUAUGAGGAGCACUGGAGUGAACCAUCUCAGAGAGAGCGACACCUGCUGGAUGAUAUUGCAGGAGAAGGAACAGGUAGAGGGGGUCUCGGGCUGGAGAAAAGGUAAGUAAACUUUUUACAUGAAAACAGAUUCAAGUCCAAAAAGUGGCUUUAGGAAGGGGUCACCAAAUUAUUUCUGGACUCAAUCCCCAGGUGUUUUUUGACCCUAGCAACUCCCCUUGUUGAAUGUGUAGGAGGAAGUUUCUGGUGGGGUUGUGUCUGUGCAUGGGCUGUUUGUGGUGUUGUAUGUGUGUGCAUGUGAAAAGUGGUGUAAGAGAACCUUGCAGAAAAGCUUGCAUACCCAGAGACUAUGGGCCCUUUGUGACACUUACAGAACAAGUGGACAUAUAAGCAGUUAAUAUUGUGUAAAUGCUAUAUUCUACAAUCUGUGUUUUAGGAGUGUGGAGAUGUUAUGUGUGUAAGUUUAAUUCAAUCAGUAGAGCUUGUCACUUUGAUUAUGUUAGUGGUGCUCAGACACUCUGGCACCAGGGGUUGGUGCAAUGUAAUUAAACAUGUUAUUGUUAUUGGUUACUUUCCCAAGUCCUGUCACUAUUAUUGGCUUUUAUGCUUUAUCCUUCCUUGUGUUUCUCUAUAAAAAUAGAUGUCACCAUCAAUACACAUUGUCCUUCCCUUCACUAAGCUUUGUGUGGUGUUCGGGGAGAGAUACAAAAGAGCUACCCGAUACUCCCAUAAGUGGCUGGCUGAAGUUAGUGGAAUAACUCCUGGAGACUGCUACACUGAGCCCAUGUGAACAGGGACAAAGGACAAAUGCUGUAACUUAUGGUAUCUGAUGUGUUAUCUGAAAACUAAACCAUGAAACUCCUCGUUAUCCUUCUGUUGGCUUUCUGUGCCAUAACGCAUGGAUGUCCCACCAUAUUAUCCAAGUCAGCAUGGGGAGGGAAGGCUGCCAAAUGCAACAGCAAUCGUUUACCCAGUCCAGUCAAAUUUGUGAUCAUCCACCACACUGCGGGGGGAUUUUGUUCCUCAAAGUCUACAUGUUCUGCUCAAGCCAGGAUUGCCCAGAAACAUCACAUGGACAAUCAAGGCUGGUGUGACAUUGGAUACAACUUCCUAGUUGGGGAAGAUGGCCAAGUAUAUGAAGGACGUGGCUGGAAAAACAUUGGAGUUCAUGCUCCACCGUACAACUCAAUUUCCAUCGGAAUCAGCUUUAUUGGAACAUUCACUAACCGUGCUCCCAGUGCUAGCGCCCUAAAUGCUGCUCAAAGUCUGAUAAGGUGCGGGGUCUCGGGAGGUUAUAUCAGUUCAAGUUAUAUUGUGAAGGGACAUCGCAAUGUAGGGAGCACAGAAUGCCCUGGAGCCAAAUUAUACGCAAUCAUUAAAAAAUGGAGCAAUUUUAAGGCUUAAAACUCAAGCAUUGUGCAAUGAAUUACAUUUUUUUGCUUUAUACAUGUCAUAAUCAGUGGAAUUUUUAAAGUUGCAUAUGCAAUUUCCUUCAUACUUGCCAUCAUUUUAUACUUGUUGACAUGCUGUAGGUAUGCUAUUUUUUGCUAAACAGCUCUGUGCAUGUGCAGAGCCCUUCAAAGCAAUAACACAAGACAGAUCCUUACAGUGAGAUGCUCA